AUGCACAAACUGACCAUGACAUUCACGGCUUUCACACCAAUCAGUGUCCCAUUGGAUGUCAUUAUGGACUCAAAUGACAACGACUUCAGUGAUCUCAAGACACAGUAUAAGAGACUUUGCGACGAAUUGGCGUUUGAGAGACAAUUGAACCAUAUUUUGGACACUUUUAAGAGCUAUUCACUCGUUUUGAUCAAUCGAUGCAAAUGCGAGACAAACCGCCAGAUUGUGGACCAAUUGAAUCAAUUCAGUGAUCAAUACGCAAGUCUUAAGAGCCGUCAAAGUGGGCAACAAAACGGUGACCUAUUGUCCGAUCCAGAAAUUGGUGAUAGAAGUGGUGAUACAUCUGUGGACAUAAUGUACCCGAAGGUUGAGAUCCAAGAAUCAACUGAUCCGUCAGUUACUCACACUUGUAGUGAAUGUGAACAACAGUUUGCUUCAGAGCUGGAUCUACAGAUCCAUAUGAAUAGUGUCCACAAAGAGGACCUCCAGUUGUAUACAUGCGAUGAAUGCCGAGAGGUCUUCACUAGUGAUGAUCUGUUCGCCACACAUAUGAGAGAUAAUCACGGCUUCAGUGAUACAAAUACUGGACAUUCGGAUGAUAUGCACGCCAGUGAUGACAACAAAAUAUAUAAUGAGACAAUCGCGAUCAAACAGGUGAUUACCCACGUUGCUAAUAAACCGUUUACGUUACUUACGGUGUUUACCUACGGUAGCCUCUGCCCGCUAGAAAUCCAUUCAAACAAAUACCACAAGAAUCUCAAGCCAUUCGUGUGUAUCAUCUGUAAGGAGAGCUUCUUCGCCAACCUCUCGCUUCUCAACCAUUUGUCACAAAAGCACAGAAUCUCUGCCUUUGAGUGCGAUUCGUGUGAUUACAAGACUCGCACUAAACACCACUUAAUCCAACACAAAGUCUCGCAUUCAAUGGACAAACCAUUUAAGUGUCCCUUCGAUGGCUGCGAGAAGUCAUUCAAACGCAAGUUCCGCUUAAUUAACCACAAGAUUAUGCAUUUGAAUCAAUUCAUGUGCCACGAGUGCCACGAAGACUUCAAAGACAACGCCACACUUCUCAGCCAUUUGUCUCAUAAACACAAACUCUCUGUAUUUGAGUGCCAUUUAUGUGAUUACAAGACCCGCAAUAGGCAUCACUUGAUCCGACACACUGUCAUCCACUCCACGGACACAACGCCACACUUCUCAGCCAUUUGUCUCAUAAACACAAACUCUCUGUAUUUGAGUGCCAUUUAUACCCGCAAUAGGCAUCACUUGAUCCGACACACUGUCAUCCACUCCACGGACCGACCAUUUGUGUGUCGUUUCGAUGGAUGCGAUCUUACGUUCAAACGAAAGGACUAUUUAUUAAGACACGAAAAGUUGCACUAA